AUGGGCCUCACCGGGCUCGGCAUAACUUUCCUGACACUGCCCCUCGUCGUGCGAGCGGCCGCGGGAGGGCAGUGGUGUUACAACUCACAGGACCCCCAAUGCGGGCCCAGCCACUGGAAGGAGCUGAAAGCCACAUGCGGUGGCGACAAGCAGUCCCCUGUGAACAUCGACAGGCGCCGGCUUCAGAGGGAUGGUGGCCUCGGGGACAUCCUCUUCGAGGGCUAUGACCAGGCUCCCCCUGGCAAGUGGAGGCUGACAAACAACGGGCACACAGUGAUGCUGACCCUGGCGAGCGAGUCGGCCUCUGAGCACAUCGCCAUCAGCGGCGGGGGCCUCCCCGGCCGGUACCGCGCGGUGCAGCUCCACUUCCACUGGGGCAGCCUGGCCGGGAACGGCUCCGAGCACACCCUGGACGGGCGCCAGCUCCCCAUGGAGAUGCACAUUGUCCACAUGAAUGCCAAGUACCAGACACUGGCAGAGGCCAAGGGGCACCCCAAUGGGCUGGCUGUCCUCGGCUUCUUCUUCCAGGUCUCUGAAGCCACUAACACCAACUACAACACCAUCGUGGCGGGGCUGAGGAACGUCUCCCACGCUGGGGACUCCGUGGAUUUGGCCUCCACCUUCCGCCUGAGCACGCUGCUGCCGCGCGCUGGGCGGCUCCAGGGCUACUACCGCUACCAGGGCUCCCUCACCACCCCCGACUGCAGCGAGGCCGUGGUCUGGACUGUGUUCGAGGAGCCGGUGGAGAUUGGCCGGGAGCAGCUGAAGGCAUUCGUCAGCACCCUCCACUUCCCACUCGAGGGAUCCACGCUCCUAAAAAUGAUCAACAAUUUCCGCCCGCCGCAGCCCCUCCGCAGCCGGAAGAUCUUCGCCUCCCGGGGGGCCACAGCCAGCGCUGGGUCCCUGCACGGGGGCCACCACCAGCUCCUCUUGCCCUUGCUCCCCCUGGCCCUGCUCAGCCUCUUGCCAGCCAACUAGGGUCUGCCCC